AUGUACAUACUGUGCAAGCUGUUGCCCUUCGCGCUGGUGGUGACUCUCCUGGCUAGGACAUCCACAGCAGCCGUCCAGCCGGUCACCUUCGAUGGCAAAUUGGAAGCGUCAGCCCUCGCUUUGUGCCUGCUCUUUGCACCACGAGGACAUUCUGAGUGUAGUGUCUCUGCGGAUAACGAUGACUUCAACACCGGUGGCUCGACAACAGUUAGCGGUGUGUCGAUCACCAUACCAAAGAAUCUGCAAUUCCAGCUGCCUGCAGCAUUCCUGCCAUUCGAGGAGGUAGCUGAAGGUGACUACAUCGGUUAUGAAGUACUUGUCAUAGGCAACUAUGUGGAUGACGUUCCCAUAGCCGACUUCGUGGAAAUGUCAGAACUACUCCUGCAUACUGGCUCAGGCCAGAUAAAAAGUCUUUCUCAUGAUGGAGCUAUCACUUUACAGACGGGUCAGGUCAUACGCGUCAACGAUCCGAACGCUGUCUACUCUGCUGGGUAUGCCCGAAAGCCAGAGUUUACAGCUGAUGAUGAAGCCCGAGCAUAA